GCAUUUAAAUCGUCACACGCCAGUAAUCUUGCUAUCUAUAUAAAGACGCGUAAUUUGGUAAACCUAUGCACAUUUAUCAAACCAUUUGCAGAGAGAAAACGAACAUCGCGAUACAGAUAACAUAAAAUAAAAUGAAAGUGAUACUUGUUGUUGUUUUACUAUUCGUGGUUACACAUGGUUUAGAUGUGCUGAUUAGAGAUUAUGAAACAAGUUUAAAAACAGGUGAAUUAGUAGCCACUAUUCCUGUAUUAGCUAUGUCCUACAAGAUAUCGUUUGAUUUAAAACCGAAGUUAUACUCAUAUGGUUUUCAUAGUGUUCUUCAUUUCACAGUUGGUAAUGAUGUCAGUGAAUUCGGAGACAGAACCCCGGCACUUUGGUUUCGACCCUAUGAAUCUAACUAUAAGGGUUUUCACAUUAGUGCACCGAUAAAUGGAAAUAAGAAUAGAGGAAUCUUUAUUGAUACACUUCCCCUCAAUGUGUGGACAAACGUUUUUAUUAGUCAGCAACGUGUUGUUGACAAUUAUGUUUUCACUAUCAAAAUAAAUGGAACAAACGCCUUUUCUGAAAAUAAUACUAAACCCCAAAAAUUUGACAACGUCAAAGUUUUUGCUUCAGAUUCGUGGUAUCCAUCUCAAGAUGGAUCAAUAAAAAAUCUUAUUCUUGAAAACGGGGAGCCUGGUGAAACUUUAGCGAAAGCCGUACUAAAGUCAAAAUAUUUUGUGUAUAAUGAAGUUGAAGAGACUCUGAAGAAAAAUAACGUGGUUGCGAUAUUGUCAAAAUUAGAACAAUUAUUUGAUAUUUAUUUCGAUUUAAAACUCAACAGUUUUUCAGAUGGAUUUAGAAGUGUCAUUCAUUUUACUAUAGGAGAGGAUAAUUCGAUAUACGGUGAUCGAAUUCCUGGCAUUUGGGUUUAUCAGCAAGGGUUACACGUUAGUUUUGCAAUAAACAAUAAUAAAAAUAAUUGGUUUAACUCCAAGCCACUUCAAAAAGGCGAGUGGAUAAAGGUUCAUAUUCGUCAAUACCUUGAAUCGGGAAAAGCUACUUUUACUUUAAAUAUCAAUAACGAAAAUGUAUAUACUGUACAAAACGCAAACCCACAAGUAUUUACAAAUGUCACCGUUUACGCAGGAGAUCCGUGGAGUGAAGCCCAAGAUGGCUCCAUCAAAAUGUUUAAUGUCAUUAAUUAUUUUGAAGGAAAAAAGGAAUUGAAAAAGGACGCCAUACGAAAGAAGACAUUUCGAUUAAACUAUUAAUCUAUUUUAACGACUUGAUUUUUUUAUUCAAAUUUGUAUUUUUUAUUUAGUUUUGAUAGUUUUGUAGUAUGUAAUUUUUGAUGUUUAAAUUUGUAUUUUCUAUUUAAAACUACAUCUAUCGCAUCGCA